GCACUGCCGCAUUCACUUCCUCGUCAACUUUUUGCAUUCAAUCUUGCAAGUUGAAGCAAUCAUGGCCACGAAAGGUCUGAAGGGUAUUGCCCCGGUGCCCUCUGCUUCCGACUUCUUGGACAUAAUAUUGUCCAAGACGCAGAGGAAGACACCGACCGUCAUUCACAGAAACUUUAAAAUUGGCCGCAUAAGGGCCUUCUAUAUGCGCAAAGUUAAAUUUACUCAGGAUUCGUUUGAUGAGAAGCUUGGCGCAAUUCUCAGUGAAUUCCCUAUCCUUGAUAAUCUGCAUCCUUUCUUGUCAUCGCUACUUAACGUCCUUUAUGAUAAAAAUCAUUACAAGCUUGCAUUGGGCCAACUUAACACUGCGCGCCAUCUUAUCGACCAAGUCGGCAAAGAUUAUUCCAGAUUAUUGAAAUUCGGUGACAGUCUGUACAGAUGCAAGCAGCUAAAACAUGCUGCUCUUGGUCGCAUGGCCACAAUCUUGCGUCGUCAAAAGGAUCCUCUUGCUUAUCUAGAGGAGGUUCGCCAGCACAUUUCCCGUCUCCCUACCAUCGACCCCAAUACCCGGACACUUCUCAUUUGUGGAUACCCCAAUGUUGGGAAGUCCUCUUUCAUUAACAAAGUCACCCGCGCAGAUGUCGAUGUCCAGCCAUAUGCAUUCACGACCAAAUCUCUCUUCGUCGGCCACCUUGAUUAUAAAUACUUGCGAUGGCAAGUCAUUGAUACUCCGGGUAUCCUUGAUCAUCCGUUGGAGGAGAUGAAUACAAUCGAAAUGCAAAGUAUCACUGCAAUGGCUCAUUUACGGUGUGCAAUCCUUUAUUUCAUGGACCUUAGCGAGCAGUGCGGGUACUCGGUAGAGGCUCAAUGCAAGCUCUUCCAUUCCAUAAAGCCAUUGUUCGCGAAUAAACCGGUGAUUCUAGUCAUUAACAAAAUUGAUGUUGUGCGGCUCGAGGAUACUACCCCUGAAAACAAGACUCUCAUCAACGAGAUCGUGACUCAGGAGGGCGUCACAAUGGUCCAAGUAUCUUGUUAUGCCGAUGAAGGUGUAACAGAGGUGAAGACUACCGCAUGUGACGCGCUUCUUGCACACCGCGUGGAGACAAAGCUCAGGGGUACUAAGAUAAAUUCUGUCAUCAAUCGCAUCCAUGUGGCACAACCCAAACCUCGUGAUGAUGUCGUCAGAGCGCCAUACAUCCCGGACGCCGUCAAAGAGCGACGAAAGUUCGACCCGACUGAUCCGAUGAGACCUAGGUUGGAGAGGGAGAUUGAGGCGGAGAAUGGCGGAGCGGGAGUUUACAACAUUAACCUGCAAAAGAACUGGAUGCUCGCCGAUCCUUCAUGGAAAGAUGACAUCAUCUCCGAGAUCAUGGACGGCAAGAACAUUGCUGAUUUCAUUGAUCCGGACAUCGAGGAGAAACUCGCAGCCUUGGAAAGGGAGGAGGAAAAACUCAUAGCUGAGGGUUUCUACGAUUUCGAUGACAUCUACGAUUCGGAAGAUGAGGAGAUCGCCAUUGGAGAGGCAGAAAAGAAGCAAGCGAUAUAUGAAUCACGAGGAAACAAGGGUUUGAAGCACGGUUUCGUUAUGCCGCGUACAACAUGGAGCCGAAAUCUGAGCGACAUGACUUCGAAACUCACGAAAGCAGGCUAUGACACAUCCCGGCUGGAAGCCCAUGCUCUUAUAGCGAAGGCUCGAAGCAAAGGGGCGCAAAAACGAAAACGAUCGGAUGAGGAUGAUGCCAUGGAUGUGGAUGGGGCUGACGAGCAGGAUGUGCAACAGAUCGCAUUCAUGGAUGUCGAUGGAGAGGAAGUUUCGCGGAAACGUACAAAGACAAAUAGUGGCAGCAUCGUUGCCAAAACCAGCCGGCUUCCCAAGACGAAUCGUCAACUAUCUGGCCUCAAGAAUGCCGAGCAAUUCCAGCGGGCCAUGAAGUUGCAGCAAGUCUCACUAACAGAAAGAAACAGACAGGGGAAGAAGGGGGAGGGAGAUCGCCACAUCGGAACCAAGAUGCCAAGGCACUUGUUUUCUGGCAAGCGGGGGAUUGGCAAAGCAAACCGUCGUUGAGCUCUUCAGCCCCCUUGCAUGCGUUUUCUGUCUAUUAUCAUUGCUCCGCCUGCCAUCGUGUCCCAUGUACUUAUGACAAUUUAAUGCUGCAGUUUUAUCCUAUGCCUGUUAUGCUUGUUGCCUG